AUGCCGUUGCCAGAAAACCAGCAGAUCGCCGUCAAGCCCAACACGGCGGAGGUCAGAAACAAGCAUGCAAUCACCCUCAGGAUGUCCGAGGACCUCAUCGAGGCCCUCAUGGCCAAUCCCGGAAAUCUAUCCUUUGAGUUCAAUACCCCGAACCAGGGUAUCUACGUCAAUGACCAGUGCUUCGGCCUCUCCCUGGCCAAGGAGCAGAGCCCGCACGAGCUCUUCAUGCAAAUGCCCCAGCAUCGAGACAGGUCGCUCAAGCACUACGCGGAUAUCUCCCAUCGCUUCACCGUUAGUGCGGCUAGUCUCGAUGAAGCCGCCAAGAAACUCCGCGUAGCGACUGAGGAGGCCAACAAGCAGCGACAAGAGCGCAAGGUCGUCAUGCUCGACGAUCCCCCCUUGUCCACCAGCACGACUGCUGCGAAGAAGAAGCCCGCGGCGCGCAAGCAGGUUGCUUCAUCAUCCUCUGCACCUUCUCGACAGUCCGGCACUCAGCCUGCCCAACCUCCUCCCCCGCCUUCCCGCCCACUCUCGGCCAUUGACCCUGGUCUACGUCAUCGUGUCGUGCAGUGUCUUGCCAGCGCGGCGCGCACCGCCGACGAGCUCGUCAAGCUCGUGUGCGGUUCAGCGUCAGACGAAAGGAAGAGGGGCGACGUUCGCACCAUCAUGCAAGAUGUUGCAGAGGCCAGGGAUGGACUUUGGCGUCUCAGCAACAAGGGCUGGCUCGAAGUACAACCGUAUAAGUGCCGCACCGAGGCCGAUCGCCAGCAGGCGCUUCGCAAGGCGACUGCGGCGUUCAAAGCUCUGAAGAUACCCGAAAGUGAUCCCCGAUGGGAGAAUCUCUCGCCACCAAAACCGGCGCCAAAGCCUAUGCCGCCUCCACCUCCUGCUCCAGCAGCAUCGACGUCGGCUACAAGGCACCCUCUCCCCGCCAAGCCUCCAGCCCCGGAGGUCAAGCGGUCCACCGCCACAAAGGAAAAGAAGCCUCGCGCGAAGCCCGAGACAAAGGAGAUCAUGAUGAAAGACGAGCGUCGUCCGCCUUCUGUUCCUAGCCCUGCAGGCCUUUCAAAGCCGAAAGAAUUGCCGAAGUCUUCUGCGACGCCUCUUCCUGCGGAGCCUCCUCGCCCUGCGCGCGUGGAGGCUCUGUCAACCGCGACUGCCCGCAGACCGGGCUCUGGGUAUAAAGCCCCGAAGAGCUUGACGCCUCCUCUGCGCGGAUCAACUUCGACUUCGAGCGACAAACGCGACGAGCUACCUGCGGCCAGCCCUUCUAUGCGAGCUUCGACGUCAAAGGCGCCGGCGGCUGCUCGUCCAAGCAGCGCCGACCCAUCUCGGUCUUCCUCAGCGCAUCAUACACCGACGCCACAGCCUCGUGACCGCGAGCGGACGGCGUCCUCUUCCUCGCAGCCCGCUCGACCUCGCACUGACAGCAAGGAGAGAGCAUCCGCGGCAUCCAGCUCCAGUCGUCCGCGAGAGGCCGAGUCGAAGAAGCCGGCUGACGACGUCCGUCGGCACGCCAUGAAGCGUGAAGAGGAGGAGACGCCGCCAAAGAAGCUCACCACCAAGCGCAAGGUUCCCGCACGCUACGACUACUCCGACUCAGACAGCGAGGACGAGCGGCUGCGCGCCAAGCGGCGCAAGGUCGCCGAAGGCUCCGCCCGCCCAUCCACCUCGACCAAAAAGUCCGACUCGCCCGUAAAGAUCAAGCGCAGCGACUCGCCCGUGCCCAUCCCACCUCCUCCCGCGCGCUCCAGGAACCCCGAACGCGACGCCCUCGCCAACCUGGGGCGCAUCCAGAAGAAGGAGCGCCCCGUGCCCCCCGCCCGCCUCGCCUCCGAGCAGAGCACGUCCUCGACCUCGUCGCACAAGCGCCGGCGCGCGUCCACCCCGCACUUCACCUCCUCGGAGGAAGAGGGUGAGGACCCGAGCGAGCGCGAGAUGCAGCGGCCCGCGAAGAAGAAGAAGGCGCUCGCCAAGGAGAAGGAGCGCGAGCGAGAACGGGAUCGUGAAAGGGAUAGAGACAGGGAUAGGGAUAGCGCACGCCCCUCGACCAAACCGCGGAAGAGCCGGCCUCCAACCGCGGACGGCCUGCAGGAGGAGUACCAGGCGAAGUUCAUGGAGUACUACCCGGUGGCGAUGGCGGACCGCAAGCAGCGGGCGAUCAUCCAGCGCCUGCUCGACGCGGCGUCGGACGAGUCGGUGGACGAGGACGGGCUGCUGAGCGAGGGCGAGGGGAAGGCGCUGCAUGCGAAUCAUCUGCGGUUGCGCAGUGAGCUGCUGGAGUUGGAGAAGCAGUAUACCAAGCUGGCGCCUGCGGCUGCGUGA